AUGUCGGUGCAAACGGAAUCACCGUUCACUGUUCGAUUGAGGACGAUGCCGCAGAGAAAUCCUGCACGUUUAGAAGAAGUGGCCAAUGGCCGCAUCGCUCACACAUUGACCGCUUGUACACGGUGUAGACAGAGAAAAUCGAGAUGCGACCCCGGGAUACCGCGAUGUGAGCCCUGCCAGCGAUCUAAUGCGAAGUGCGUUUACUACGACCCAGCAAGAAAUCGAACUAUCUCAAGGACGUAUAUAUUGCAGUUGCGCGAAAGGAUAAAAAUACUCAGCCAGGAAUUAGCGCAGGUUGAGAACGAAAUAAGCCAUUCUACUGAUGCCGAAUUCAUGAUUCGCGGAGCAGGGCUCAUUAAGUUCAAAGAGACGGAUGAGCCUAGAUUUCUGGGGCCGUCAAGUGGCAUCACGAUUACUCGGCUCAUAAUGGAAAUAGCAAAGCAAAAUACAAAUUCGAAGAGCAUUAAAGAAGUCGUAAACGAAGCUACCGCACAGGAAAUCAAAUAUGCGUUUACGCUGGAGAGCCAAAAACCAACCUCGAAAAUAUAUCCAAUGAUAAGUUCCGUUGCGGAGCCUAAUCUCCCACCGCGGGAAUUAGCUUACAGACUAAUUGAUAUAUUCAUGGCCAAAGGUAAACUCCACGCCUCGCGACCGCCGUUCAAUUCUCUGUCUCUCGACUGA